CUUACAAGCCGGAGCGCGUGAGGGGGUAGCAGAGUCAACAUUCUAUACCAAGUACCGCAGUGUCGUCCUGCCGCCCUAUCCAACACAGAGAAAACUGCAGUACUGCAAAGUGUGGAGAGAGAGAGAGAGGAGCACAAGAAAGAGGGGGUUGGUAAAGAGGUACCGCACCAUCGUUAUGAGUCCAACUGGAGAGAGAGAGAGGGGAAGGGGAGCGACGCAUUAUUGCAGUAUAGUGCCAUCACACACACACAAACGAAACUAGUGCACAAACCGACACACAGAUACGCUUCCACACACUCGCCGGGAGAGGGGGAACAACGGUGGUGUUAGAUAAUUCUGAAACUAGACCACUGGAAAAUAGUGAAAUUAUAUAAUUGGGCAAUGUAAAGGAAAGUGAAAUCAGUUGUGUUUAGCUUUUGAAGGGGAACGUGCAAUCUAAACAAUUGGUGUGAUUUUGAGCAUCUCGACUCAGCAUCUUUGGAGUAUCACGACUUCUCUUGCAUAGAUUUAUUAUUUAAAGAAAUUCGCCAAGCGUCCUUGGAUUUAUCCCUUAUGGAUUUUACGAACUGAAAUUGAGAAUCUGUGCAUCAGCCGUAUUCACUUUCAACCUCUUAUACCGCUGCCUUUCUUCGAGCGAAUUAUUACCCGACGCUUGCCUGGGUAUUGCGGUACUCUGGUGAUGACUUGCGGUGCUAAAGCAUUGCUUUGAGGUUACUGCAUCAGCUUCUUCAUUCGUUUGUUAUUAAUGCAUCAUUUUAAUCAGUCGAGUCUCUGAGGUUCUGGACAUCUUUGGACGACAGCAGAGAUUUUUCCCAUUGCUUUUUUGUGAUUUCGCUUUUUUAUUUUUUACUUCAGACCCUUCCCCCUUUCGUCUCUCGCCCCCCCCCCCCCCCCCCCCCAACGCUCACUGACAGUGAGUCAGUUCCAAGCAGCUGCAUAGAAGAUGUCUGCCCCAGAUGCUGCUCCCCCAGCUGGACCUCCCGGAGCCCCAGGGGCCCCAGGAGCAGACGGAGCCCCAGGUGGAGGGCCCCCACCCCCUCCUCCCAACACCUCCAGCAACCGCAGGCUACAACAGACACAAGCCCAAGUGGAGGAGGUGGUGGAUAUUAUGCGGGUGAAUGUGGACAAGGUUUUGGAGAGGGAUCAGAAGCUGUCGGAGCUGGAUGACAGAGCGGAUGCUCUCCAGGCCGGGGCCUCCCAGUUUGAGAGCUGUGCAGCCAAACUCAAGAGCAAAUACUGGUGGAAAAACGCAAAGAUGAUGAUUAUUAUGGGUAUCAUUGGAGUUCUUGUGGUCGGAGUCCUUUUCUUGUACUUCUUCUAUUGAGUAAUCCCACCGUGGCAGGACACAGACAUGAGAGCGGAAUAGGAGAGAAGAAGAAAACAAAAUCGACACAAAUCCAAACUCCAGUCCCGCCCCCUUUUCCUCCACACCAGGUCUUCCAUCUAGCACUUAAACAUGACGCUAGUGUGUAGAUGUUGUUGCUCUCUUUUCUCUUUGUCCUCCUGCCCUUCCCUUCUCUUUGAUCCAUAUUUCUUCCUCUGUUUUGGCGUGCUGUCUCACUCACUCUCUCCUGCCUCUGCGUCUCAUACAUUAUUGAAGUGUGCAGUAGGGAGAGAGAGAGAGAGAGAGAGAGAGAGAGAGAGAGAGAGAGAGAGAGAGAGAGAGAGAGAGAGAGAGAGAGAGAGAGAGAGAGAGAGAGAGAGAGAGAGAGA